AUGGAGACGCUCAUCUCCGUCCCCCUCAGCCUCGGCCGCGACCGCACGCUGCACAUCCAGCAAAAGCAAAAGAGCAGCGGCCUCUUCGGCACCCUCCAGUCGCUCGCCAGCGGCUGGCGCUCCGGCACCAUCCACGUCCAGCACGUGCCCGCCGGCGCGCCCGCCGUGCUCGACGUCUGCAGCGACCAGCACGCAUCGUCCCCCGACGUCCAGAACGACGCCACCGACAAGGCGCAGACCGUCGUCAUCACCACCGCCAGCGCCGAGCCGGUGCAGAUCUACCUGCGCUGGCCCCGCGGCACCAAAGAGGUCGGCCUCGCGCAGCUGACCCUGCAGGCGAGCGACUACACCAUCAAGUUUGACCUGGACGUGCCGAGCGUCCCGCCUGGGCGCGCGCACCUGUCGCUCGCCGACGUCGAUUUUGUGCCGGCGCGGGAGCUGGUUGUGGUGAGCGGCAGCGGCGGCGUUAGCGGCUUGGUGCCCAUGGAAGAUGUGCUGGACGUUUCGACGAGCUCCGGGUCUGUGAGCAUCGCUCUGCUGCCGCUGUACAGCAAGGGCGCACACGACACGAAGCUGUCCAUCAAGUCCAACUCUGGCACGCUCAGCAUCAACACCAAGCUCGACGCGGCCCGCUCGCGUGUGCACCUUCCCAGCCGCGACUGCGCCGUCGCUCUGCAGACAUCGUCCGGCAGCAUCCGCAGCGUGCUCGGCCUGACGCGGUCCACCAUCAUCAAGUCCAACAGCGGCUCCCACCACCUGACGGCGCUUCUGACCGAUCACAGCCGCGACCGGCGGUCCGAUUUCGCCACGAGCACCAACAGCGGCUCCCAGAAUAUUACCGUCGUUGCUCCGCCAGACGAGGACAAGAUCGGCGCGGAAAAGGCUGAGGAGACGGGUUUUGUGUGCAAACACAAGUCGAAUAGCGGCAGCGUCCGGGUUGCGUAUCCGGGCGUGUGGGAGGGCACGGUGGAGGCGCAUAGCAACUCGGGCAGCAUCACGGUCACGGGGGACGGCGUCGAGACGGACAGGAGCCGAAACAGAGUAACGGGUGUCAAGGGCACGCCGGUGCAUCACACCGACGUGGGCACGAGUUCUGGAAGCAUAUCGGUCAAGCUCGGGGAUGAGUAG